AUGGCGACCCAGCAGGUUCGCCAAAAAACACCGUCUUCGUUCUGCGCAGUCUUCGCUAUGGCAUAUGGUGGUGACCACGAUCGGCGCGCGUUUGCCAUUACCAUUAACUGGGUAUUCACUUGCAUCUCGCUAUGUACUGUCACGCUCCGAUUCGCCUCGCGAAGACUCCUAGAGGGAUCGCGUCUAGAAAUUGACGACGGCAUGAUAGUCUUCGCCAUGCUCGUUGUUCUCGCGCGAACGAUUUGGUUGUCGGUCAAUGUUUCUAUGGGGUUUGGUCGACACUUGACCGACCUCCUCAAGGAAGAUCCCGCAAAUGCCCUGAGAUUAUCUCCGUCGUCCUACGGUCUCACAGUCCUGAGUCUAUGGACGUUUGUGAUUCCCAAGAUACCCGUCGUAGCGCUGCUCACACGUUUGUUCGUCAUUAGCACCAAGCGGCUCGGUCGGAUACUCUGGACUAUGUUGGCUGUCCUCAUCGUCUGGAAUAGCAUCAUGACCGUCAUCGCGUUCGCCAAAUGUGACCCUGUGCGGAAGAACUGGCAACCUGCGCUUCCCGGAACAUGUUUGAAUCCAAAAAUAUAUCUUUACAUGGGUUACUUUUCUGGAGCAUAUUCCGCAUUCCUCGAUUUUGUCUACGCGAUCUAUCCAAUGGUGAAAGUGUGGCAGCUUCAGAUGGAACAGUCUAGAAAGACACUCAUUGUGCUUUCCUUCAGUCUUGGGAUACCCGCUGGAAUUGUUUCCAUCGUCAAAAUCACAACGAUCGCAUCCCUACUUGAAGCCGGUGACCCAACAUGUAAGCAUUCAAGACUUUUCACCUCUCUGCAGUACAGCCUGACGCGACCUAGUCGCAACCGUUCCGCUCGAAGUCUGGAAUGUCGUGGAAUCCUCGGCUCUCAUCAUUGCAGCCAAUGUACCCAUGACGAAACCUAUCAUGUCACUGGCGUUUUCUCGUCUCAAGCGCUUUACCUCUUACAUCAGCAGCUUCGCUUCAAGAGACAGCCAGGGUGGUUCAAAACUCAGCACGUUGCCUUCAAAUCCAUCGGGAUCUGGAAGUAAACGCAUGUCGGCGUUGCGCCAGGGAUGGCAGCGGCAAGACAGUAGGGAGGACUUUUUGUUGGAGGAUACUAGGCUUACGAGCGUCGUUACGAAGUGAAGGGCGUGGGUAAUGUGACCUCGGUGUCACUUUUUCGUGUAAUAGGUAGGAUGAAGGAGAAUGCUAGGCGUACGGUCGUAACAAUUCUCUAGAGGAGUGUGCUUACAA